AUGGCUUCAGCACAUGGCAUCUUGCCGACGUUGCAGGUGACUGACCUGGAAACGGUCGAUUUGAACGAGCAGUGCUUGACCAACUCGAACCGCAGCGUACCUCUGGAAAAUGACGACGAGAGCGCGGAAUUGCAUUCCGUAUCUACGAAGCAGCUCGAUCGACCAGCACUGCACGACCACGCUCUGCUGUUCAAUUCUGAUUUCAAGACAUUUGUCAAUACUUGUAUCGCCUUCAUGGGUUCAGGCGUACUGGGCCUUCCGUACGCCUUCCGUCGGACAGGCAUUUUGGUGGGCUUAGUGACGCUGAUCGGUGUAGCGACAGUCAGUACGUACGCCAUGAUGCUCGUUGUGCAGUGCAAGUACAAACUCAAGCGUCAAGGUACAAAUGUAUCGACGUACGGUGAGAUCGGAUACUUUGCCAUGGGUCAUGCUGGCUCUGUGAUAGUGAACACGGCACUAGUGUUCUCUCAGAUGGGAUUCUGCAUCGCUUACUUGAUUUUCAUAGCUUCCAAUGCAAACCAAUUUCUGGGCGUGACAAAGCAGCUGAUCGUGUCAGUGUGUGUACCGCCACUGAUUGGAUUGUCACUGCUGAGACAUAUGAGGCAGCUGGCUUACGUUGCGGCUCUUGCAGACUGUAUGUGCAUUCUUGGACUCUUGGUGGUGCUCAACAUCGAUUUGUCGUACAUGGAGUACGACCACGACGAUAUUGAGGUUGUUGGCGCGUUGUCUGCGUUGCCGUUUUUCUUUGGUGUGACCAGCUACUGCUUUGAAGGCGUGGGAAUGGUGCUGCUGCUGGAAAACUCCAUGCAAAACAAAAGGAACUUCACGCCUAUCCUCAUUAGCACGGUUGUGAUCAUUACGUCACUGUAUGCCACUUUUGGUAUCUGCGGGUACCUUGCUUUUGGCAAUGAGACGAACGCUGUCAUCACUCUUAACUUCGAAGACAUGGGUGGCUUGGUCACACUUGUCAAGAUCUUUCUGUGCUUGGGACUAUUUUUCACGUACCCCGUGAUGCUGUUCCCGGUCUUCGAGGUGCUGCAACCAAUUAUGACAGGCAGCGACACGCUAGCAGACCCAAUGUCGAGCCAGAAGAAGGAGAUUGUUCUUCGUGCAGGUAUUGUGGUCUUCACUGCAGUCGUCGCUGCUGCGAUUCCAGAUUUCGGUCGAUUCAUCUCGUUCGUUGGCUCGACGUGCUGCUCACUGCUCGCCUUCAUCUUACCGGCACUUUUCCACAUUCGUCUCUUUCAGGAUGAGCCGUCGACGUGCGCGAAUCGGUUGCGCAACCUUUUUCUGGGUGCGAUGAUGGCGUUGGGUUUUGCCAUGCUUGGUGCAGGGGUCGCUGAAGCAAUUCGCAGUGCACUCUAG